AUGCCUGUUUAUCACAAUGGUGCCGUCCAUUUUGUUUCAGAUUGUGGAGAUCCUUUGGUGCGCAGAGGAAGUGUAUACUAUAGGCCAUAUAUUGUGGCAUAUGAUAUUAACAAUGAUACCACAAGAAAACUAAGACUGCCUAAUGAUGCAAGGAAGGGGUGGGAUGAUACUUUACACAAUAGCAAUUUGGGGAUUUUCAAGUGGGGAAGUAGGAAAAGUUCAUCUGAGUCAAUCUGCUUGGUAAGGCUGAAGAAGUAUGUGUUCACUGCAUGGGUUUUGAGAGACUACGAUUCGGUUUCAUGGAUUCGGAUUAUGAAAAGUAGGGUUAGAGCAAUGGGGUUGAUGGAGACUAACCCUAAUUAUAUUGCAGGGUUUACAGUCAUGAAUGGGAAGACUUUGCUAUUUGCAACUAGAAAGAAAGUCUAUAGAUAUAAUAUGAUGGGUUGA